AUGGCAACCGCACGGCCUUUGGUCUCUGUCUUCAACUUCGAGAACCCCACGGAGAAGACCGGAACAGUGAAGAUGCCCCAUGUCCUCACUUCCCCUCUCCGCCCUGACCUCGUCCGCGAUGUGCACAUGAACAUGGCCAAGAACAAGCGCCAGGCCUAUGCAGUCAGCGCCAAGGCUGGCUACGACACCGCCGCGGAGUCCUGGUGCACAGGCCGUGCUGUGGCACGUAUCCCCCGUGCCCCUGGUGGCGGAACCCACCGCGCUGGCCAGGCCGCCUUCGGCAACCAGGCACGCGGAGGUGGCAUGUUCAACCCAACCCGCAUCUGGCGCCGCUGGCACCGCCGCGUGAACGUGACCAAGAAGCGCCACGCCGUGGCCGUGGCCUUGGCUGCCAGCAGCCUGCCGCCGCUGGUCAUGGCCCGCGGACACCGCAUCAGCAAAGUGGCAGAGCUGCCCUUGGUCGUCUCCGAUGGCAUCGAGUCCCUGACCAAGACCAAGGCCGCCGUCCAGGCCCUCCAGAAGCUGGGAUGCGGAGAUGAGUUGCAGAAGAUCAUGGACUCCAAGAAGAUCCGUGCCGGCCAGGGCAAGGCACGCAACCGCCGCUAUGUCCGCCGCUUGGGUCCUCUGGUGAUCUACAACGAGGACAACGGCAUCACCAAGGCCAUGAGGAACAUCCCCGGUGUGGAGACCGCCCACGUGGAUCGCCUGAACCUCCUUAGGUUGGCUCCGGGAGGCAGCUUCGGCCGCUUCAUCAUCUGGACCGAGUCUGCCUUCAAGCGCCUUUCCGAGAUCUACGGAACCGCCAAGGGCGGCGCGCCCAUGAAGAAGGGCUACCACCUCCCCCGCGCCAGCAUGCAGAACGCCGACCUCUCCAGGAUCAUCAACAGCUCCGAGGUCCAGUCCGUCCUCAGGGCCAAGGUCGAGCCCCCCACCAGCAUGAAGAAGGCCAAUGCCCUGAAGAACAAGGCUCUCAUGGAGGAGCUGAACCCGGGAGCUGCCGAGCGAAAGCUCGUGGCAAAGAAGGCCACCGAGAAGGGCACUGCCGAGUACGACCAGGUGCAGAAGAGCAAGAAGGCCCGCAUCGAGGAGUCCAAGAAGUACAACAAGGCGAACAAGAAGGGAGAUGAGACGUUCUACAAGACCCUCAUGAAGGCCUUUGAGGCCCGGGCUGCGGCCGACGCUGCGAAGAAGGCAGCAGCAGCAAAGGAGGCUGCCGGGGAGGACGAGGAUGAGGUCUUGCAGUACGAUGACGUCUGCAAGUUGGACUUCGGUGUUCAAGUAGGUGGUCGUAUCGUCGACUGCGCCUUUACCAUCGCCUUCAAUGAGAGGUAUGACCCCAUCAUUGAGGCAAGUCAGGCAGGAACCAACACUGGAGUCAAGGAAGCGGGCAUCGACGCGCGCUUCCAAGACAUCGGGGCCGCCAUCCAGGAGACGAUCGAGUCCUACGAGAUCGAGCUGAAUGGCAAGACCUGGCCCAUCAAGCCGGUCCGGAACCUCAAUGGCCACUCCAUUGGACCUUACCAGAUCCAUGGCGGCAAGUCGGUACCCAUUACCAAGAACCAAGAGUCUACCAUCAUGGAGGAGGGCGAGUUCUACGCCAUUGAGACUUUUGCAUCCAAUGGCAAAGCCUACGUAGUGGAGGAUCUCGAGUGCUCCCACUACAUGAAGAUCCUUGGCAGCACAUGA